GGACGGGCGGAGCGGCCCGCAGCACCUCCCGCCAGAGCCGGGAGCGGUUCCGGGUCGCGGAGGAGGGCUCUGCGGCGGGUACCGGGAACCGGCGGCGACAUGCGGUUCCGCUUCUGCGGGGACCUGGACUGCCCCGACUGGGUCCUGGCCGAGAUCAGCACCCUGGCCAAAAUCUCCUCGGUGAAGCUGAAGCUGAUCUGCGCCCAGGUGCUGCGGGACCUGCUGGGGGAGGCCAUCGAGUAUGAGAAGAUCCUGAAGCUGACCUCCGACGCCAAGUUAGAGUCGGGGGACGUGAAGGCCACCAUCGCCGUCCUCGGCUUCAUCCUCUCCAGCGCCGCCAAGCACAACGUGGACAGCGAGUCCCUCUCGAGCGAGCUGCAGCAGCUGGGGCUGCCCAAAGAGCACGCCGGCGGGUUGUGCCGGUCCUACGAGGAGAAGCAGAGCUCCCUCCAGGACAGCCUCAGGGCCUGCAGCCUGAGACUGAGCCAGCUGGGCUCGGUGGGCUGGCGGGUGGAUUACACCCUCAGCUCCAGCGAGCUGCGGGAGGUCAACGAGCCCCUCGUGCACCUGAGCUUCAACCUGCGGGACGGGGAGCGCGGCAGGACGGCGGCCGUCCCCGUGGUCCUCUCGGCCGACAAGUUCCGGGUGCUGCUGGCAGAGCUGAAGCAGGCCCAGGCCCUGAUGAACACCCUUCUCUGAGGAGCCGGGGCAGGACGCGGUGCGCCCCGCUUUGGGGAGGUGGGGGGGGGGGGGGGGGGGGGGGGGAAGCUUUCCCUGUGCCCCCGGUUGCGGGCCAGGCCGCCCCGCGGGGGGGAAGCUCCAAUAAAGGUUAACGGAGACCA